AUGGUAGAAGCGUUCAAGUCGACGGACAAGGCUCAAAGACUGUGGGGCACCGGCAGCGACGAGGAGGUCACUGAGCAAGUCCAGCUACUGCAAGACCUAGUUGACCGACGAGCGGCGACCGAUGAGGCCAAGAAGUCCAAGAAGGACAAGGAGCAGAAAAAGCGUGACUCUUUGGAAUCUACCGGCUCCCAAUUGUGCCUAGAGGCAGAGCAGCGGGUUGUCAAGCGUCAACGCUCCGUGAGCUCGGUGACCACCAAGAAAGAAGACCCAGAUGCGGUGGCACAAGAUCUUCUGGAGUUUGAGAAGAAAAAGCAUUCUGACGAUCAUAUAAAUAGAAUGGAGCGUCUGGAGUUCGAAAAGGAGGAGCAGAAGCUCCGUUUGGCUCAAAUGGCCGAGAACACAAAGCGAAACGACCAACUUGAACGUCUCUUGUUAGAGAUGGGAAAGUUAAUUCAGGUUGUAGCUGACAAAGCAAAAUACUAG